AGAGCGAGAGAGAGAGAGAGAGAGAGAGAGAGAGAGAGAGAGAGAGAGAGUGUGUGUGUUUGUGAACCACUGCAGAAGCACUAAAUCUGGGGCUGUCACAUAUGCUGAAGGAGAGAGAGAGGAGCAGUGCAUGCAUUUAUCUAACACCACAGUUAUGGGGACUCACCGCUGCUGUACACCGGCGGGUCAAACUCGAAGCAAAGGACAGAAAAGUCAGUCGCCGUAUUCACUUUAAUCUUCUGUUGGAAGAAGGAGAUUGAAUUUCUGUCUGUUUGCUCUCAGAAGGUGAAGACUUGGAGUGGAUUUUUUCCCCUUGUUCCUUUUCCUUCUCUUCUUUUCAAUCAAUUCAUAGCUGUGCUUUGGGUUCCUCACUCCUCGCACUGUCUUUGCGAGUCUCUUAGAUCCUUGCUUUCCUUCCGAACAUCUUCUCUGCAUGCAUUUCCACUGCUCUGCAGGUGAACACACUCAUGGUGGAUGCCAAGGGAAGGAACAUGAAAUGUUUGACGUUCUUGUUAAUGCUUCCAGAAUCAGUUAAGAGCAAGUCCAAAGGCUCCAAAAAGGGGAGUCCCAGCAGCUCUUCUAAGCUGCCACCAGUUUGCUAUGAGAUCAUCACCUUAAAAACCAAGAAGAAGAAGAAGAUGGCAGCGGAGAUCUUCCCCACCAAGAAGCCGGCAUCGACCACCACCGUUCAGCAGUAUCAGCAGCAGAACUUGAAUAACAACAACACCAUCCAGUGCUGCAAUUGGCAGGGUCUCUACUCCACCAUCAGAGAGAGAAACUCUGUGAUGUUCAACAAUGAACUGAUGGCUGAUGUUCAUUUUGUUGUGGGUCAGUCUGGAGAAACGGAGAGGCUGCCGGGACACAAGUAUGUCCUCGCUGUGGGAAGUUCUGUUUUUCACGCCAUGUUCUACGGUGAACUAGCAGAAGACAGCGAUGAAAUCCGUAUUCCUGAUGUGGAACCUCCAGCCUUUCUGGCCAUGUUAAAGUACAUCUACUGUGAUGAAAUUGACUUGAGUGCCGACACUGUGCUGGCUACAUUAUACGCAGCCAAGAAGUACAUAGUACCUCACCUGGCUCGGGCCUGCGUCAACUUUUUGGAAACGAGCCUUAGCGCUAAGAACGCCUGCAUUCUUUUAUCUCAAAGCUGUCUGUUCGAAGAGCCAGACCUAACGCAACGCUGCUGGGAAGUUAUUGACGCUCAGGCAGAGCUGGCGCUUAAAUCCGACGGCUUUUGUGACAUUGACGUUCAAACCCUGGAGAGCAUCCUUGGUCGAGAGACUCUAAACGCGAAGGAGAUUGUUGUGUUUGAAGCAGCGCUGAGCUGGGCGGAGGCUGAAUGUCAGAGAAAGGAGUUGAAUUUAACUAUUGACAAUAAACGCAAAGUUCUGGGUCAGGCCGUCUACCUGAUCCGUAUCCCUACCAUGGGUCUCGAUGAUUUCGCUAACAGUGCCGCCCAGUCUGGAGUUUUAACGCUUAAUGAAACCAAUGACAUUUUCUUAUGGUAUACGGCGGCCAAGAAGCCCGAGCUGCAGUUCGCCAGCCAACCUCGUAAAGGACUGACACCGCAGAAGUGCCAUCGCUUUCAGUCUUGCGCCUACCGCAGCAACCAAUGGCGCUACCGUGGACGAUGUGACAGCAUUCAGUUCGCCGUCGAUAAACGGGUGUUUAUCGCCGGUUUUGGCCUUUAUGGCUCGAGCUGCGGGUCUGCCGAGUACACGGCCAAGAUUGAGCUGAAACGACAAGGUGUCGUCCUGGGAACCAACCUCAGCAAGUACUUUUCGGAUGGUUCAAGCAACACUUUCCCCGUUUGGUUCGAUUACCCGGUUCAGAUCGAACCUGACACUUUCUACACGGCCAGUGUGGUUCUUGAUGGAAAUGAGUUGAGUUAUUUUGGUCAGGAGGGCAUGACAGAAGUUCAGUGUGGAAAGGUCACCUUUCAGUUUCAGUGUUCUUCAGACAGUACCAAUGGCACAGGUGUGCAGGGCGGACAGAUUCCAGAACUCAUCUUCUAUGCCUAGCAACAGUAACUUGUUGGGGUGAAUUUGGAAUAGCUUUACAUUGCGUACAAUAUCUUUUUCUAUUACAUUGCAAAAUCUUUCUCCGUGGUCUGAGCUCAACCAAACUGACCCACAGACUUCUGUUUUGAGCUCUAACUCUUGUUGAGGUCCUUCUGUAUUUCGCUGUAUUUCCUCCAUGUCCUAAUGUGAAUUAAAUAUUUCAUUUUAAGCUCUAAAUAAGGCUGCACCUGUUUACGAAUGAAAAUCGUAUUUCGGUUGAUGUUUGCCAGGUCUGACUCCAAAUCUAAUAUGUGAGGUGGCCAACAAGACAACAAUUGAGGAGCUCAGGUGCAAAGCAUCCGAACGCCACCACAUCAAAAGUGCGAUAAUGAUAUUAACUGAAUGCUCUCGGCACGUAUUAUACAUUUAUCAAAUACUUUAACUUCAAAUCUGCUAAAUUCCAUCCUCAGAUUCAGAAAUUCUGGUUUGUUAGCAGAAGAGUCUGAUAAAAAUGUCAGACGCACUUACCGUGGGUUCACACCUGCCGCGUUUGAGGCAUCAAAAUCUUGUCUACUGCGUAUAGUUUGCCGCUUGAACAUUUGAAUCGAAUGACGCGAUAUGGGCGGCGUGUUGGCCGCAAAAACGUGUCUUCACCCAAGUUGAAAAUAUUCAACUCAAGCGGAAAAUUUGCAUGACACAAAGUUAAAUCCCACGAGUAAUCUAGAGCGAGUAACCCGAUGACCCGCAUUUGGUGUGUACAUAGCAUAAGUUUACUCUCUUCAUUCGCGCGUGAAAUUCUAGUGAUCGAGACUUUCAGGCGGAAAUGUGAGGGUUGAGGAACAGAUGAACCCAAAUGCAACGAUGUCGGGGAAAAACAGAAAACACUUUAUUUAUAAACAGAAACCCACAAGGGGGUAAACAACAUGAAACAUGAACUAGACGAAUAACACUACAACUAUGACUUGGUAUCUUGACUAGCAAGGUAACAUGAACACGUGGAACAGAACACAAUGAACCUGCACAGAACUAAAGAUACACUGACAUUAAAUAGAAGAAACCAAACAAGAUAACGAGCGGGAACAGGUGAUGGGAGAAAACCAAUGAUUACUAAUAAGCAGGAGAACGAGGGGGCGGGGUCACAAGAUAAGACACCGGAGGAACAUGCCACACAAAAACAAGGCAUGAACCUCCAGAUAAGGCCUGGGACUACCAGAACUCUGCCACCAUGACAAAAUACAAAUAUAACAUAAGACUUCAAGGCAAAGUCCUGACAGGAAAUUUGCGUCAUGGGAUGUGCUUCUGCGACUUGGUUAACGUGGCGCGGUUUUCCGCCAAAGUUCACAAUUUUCAAACUAGACACGCGAAUAAGGCGGAAUCACAUCUACCCUGCCGCACUAAACGCCUCAUUCGCGCCGCGAGACCACCAGGCGCUCGUCAACGCGUCUUCACAUUGACUUAACAUUGAAAUCACUCACCCUUAACGACUCUACCGCGGCUGGUCUGAAAUUAGAGGUUUUUGCAUCUGAGCUCUUUAAUUGUAUGGUGGGGUUGGUUGGGCCAAGCGUGUGAUGACCACAUCCACCUUGUCCACUUCUGGAGCUGAGCCUUGCAGUUGCCUUUUAUCUUAUUAACAUCAUAAGGACAACAAUAAUGGGCACUGGAUUGUGUGUUAUAUGUACAGUAUAUAUUUAAAUGUGAAUUAAAUUAUAUGAUAUAUAGAUAUACUAUAUUAUCGCUCCAUGGCUAUAUCUGCUGUUUACAAUGACUAUGCCAUGUUAGUGAACGCUUGCACAUGUAUAUUGUAGCAAUAGUGAACAAACUCAUCAUUUGUCAAUAUCAGUCUAAUACCACUAUUACAUUUCAAGGCAAUCAAAAUACUAACACCAAAGUUCCAUUCAACAACCCUGAAUCACAGAAACUACCUUGUGAGUAAUAGGCAAUUGCCAAGCACAGACCAUCAUAGACAUUUUACAGAUCUUUAGCUUUAGAAACGUUAGCUUCUUUGCAUCAAUCAUAUUGACGAAUCUUAACUUUUGAUCAUAAACAUAUUAGUGUGUUUGCACUGGCAAGUCUUUGACUUUGAAAUGGCAUCAUAUGUACAGUGAACUGCCUCAUGUUGUAUUAUAUUAUUUAGAAUGAGGAUAAUAUUUAUCUUAUAAUAAAAUGUUUCUGUUCUCUAAUGAGUUUAAUGAAAUGUGGCAUAUUUGUUUAAAACGUUCUCUUUCACGUCGGCUUUAUAAAGUGCACAAAAGAUCAAAUACAUCCUUUAAUUUAGCUGAAAUAACAGGUUAUAUAUUCAUAAGUAUACCGUAUAUCAUUUACACCUCUGUAAGUGUUGUGUUCAUGGAUAAUUAGCAGAAUAAUUAGCUGUCAGCCAACAAACCUUUUUCACGCUACUAAAUGGGAUGUUGUCAACUAACAUUAUAUCACGUAAAGACAAGUUAUAAUGCAUUUCAUUUUGUCUGGUUUAAGCUGUAAUUACCAGCAUUGAAGGUGUUUUGAUGAAACAGUAAUUUUAUUCCCUGCAGACAUAUUAGCGACAAUUAGCAGUGAGCUGAAGAUAAAUAAUUCCUACUUAAAUUAGUUAAAAAAUGACAAAUUCAUUUUUUUUUCGCAGACAUAAUCUUCUUUAUUUAUCAUUUUUUAGAUGCACAACAGAAUAUUAAUCAUGUGUAUAAAGUCUGUUAGCUCCGUACUGGCGUAUUACAGAAACCAAACCAUCAAAUGAAUUACAAUGUUAGCUCCCACUGCAAAUGAUAUGCUUUUUAAAAUAUAUUAAAUACCAACACAAUCUUAUGGCAAUUCGCACGUCAUUUUAAAGGUGGCCUAUUUGUAUUAAUUCGCAACCACAUUCGUACAUUUUUGUACGAUGUAAGGUUUGGUCACACACUACACUUUUCCUUUACUUCAAUUGAUAUGUGAAUGCAAGAGACCGAAAAACGCAAUUUCGAGCGAAGAUAUUUUUCAAAGUUCAAGUCUGGUGAACUCUGACCUGCGAAUAUGUGUCAUGUGGAGAUAUGUGACCAGUAGAAAACCAGUCAUGGUGUGACCUCUCUCUCUACUGAAAAUCAAAAAUUAACUUAUAUUGAAAAAGCACUUCCCACCCAUAUUCGCAGGAAGCCCAAAAAUAUUCAACCCAAUCUCAUGGCAAUAUAUACGUUAUAGUCACAAAAUAUUUGAUUAAUUUAUUUGUGUUAUUGACACGAUUUUCCACUGUUUUUUGUGCUAUUGAGCACAAAUGUCUUUUUUAUUUCACCAUUUCUAUAAAUAGUUUUUUGUGUCUGUGGCACGACUUUCUUUAUCGUGUCAUUUUAUAUAUUUUUUUCUCAUUGUUUUUCUUAUUUUUCAAUCAUUGUCGCUUGGGGUUAGAUUUUUAUUUAAUUUUUUUCUAAACCCCCACAAGUUCUUUUCCUAACCCCAACUCCCUUUCCUAACACCCUAACCUUAUCCCAAUUUUUGAGAGUUUUUAACACCCCACCUAUUUAUCCCCUAAACCCAACUUCAAGGAUCUGUUGGUCUCUCAAACCCCAAAGAACAUUAAUUAUCUUUUCCUUUAUUUAAAAUUUGUAUUUCUUUUGCCCCAUAGGUGUCAUUUACACUGGGGACGCUGGGGACAUGUCCCCACCACUUUUUGAAAUGGCUGAUUUUGUCCCCACCACUUUUUGAAAGCAUUUGGUUAAAAUGUUCUGAAAAAUCAAGCAAUACCUGUGCAACUUUCACUGCUUUUUUUUCUUGCUUUCAGUAGAAAUAUCUAAAAAUUCUUAAAUUAAGAUGUUUUUUCUUGAAGAGCAAAAUGACCUAAGAAAAUAAGACUGUAUUUAGACAAAAAAAAUGUAUAAUUUAAGUAAAUUUGUGAUUAAAACAAGCAAAAAUGUCUGCCAAUGGGGUGAGAAUUUUUUUUACUUUUUAUAAGAUUUCUUUUUUCUUAAACACUUAAUUUAAGCAAAAACUUCUCACUCCAUUGGCAGAUGAAUUUUGCUUGUUUUAACUAGACUUAUUUUCUUACUUCAUUUUGCUCAUCAAGAAAAUAUAUCUUGAUUUAAGAAUUUUUAGAUAUUUCUACUGAAAACAAGACAAAAAUAAUGAGUAAGAAAGUCAUUUUUUGCAGUGUACACUGCAAAAAAAUUUUUUCAAGAAAAAAAAAUCUUAGUACUUUUGUCUUGCUUUCAGUAAAAAUAUCUAAAACAUUCUUAAAUUAAAAUAAAUUAAGUCGUUUUUAGACCAAAAAUAUCAAAUUUAAGUGAUCUUGAGCAUAAAACAAGCAAAAAAAUCUGAAAAUCUGAAUUUUUCUUGAAUUUAGUUUUAAAGAUUUUUACCCCAUUGGAAGAUAUUUUUUUCUUUUUUUAUGCACAAAAUCACUUAAAUUUGAUAUUUUUGGUCUAAAAACUAGACUUAUUUUAUUGGGUAAUUUUGCUCCUGAAGACAAAGCAUUUUAAUUUAAGAUAUUUUUUGAUAUUUCUACUGAAAACAAGACAAAAAUACUAAGAAAUGUAAUGUUUUUUCAUCUGAUCUUUUGUCCCCACCACUUCUCAACACAAACUGACGCCCCUGUUUUGCCCUAUCCCUUUCCCCCCACCCCUUUCUUUUCAAAACCAAUUUACGACAGUUCAAAAAAUGCUCCCUAUUUUAAUUCUGACUUUGUUCCUAAUUUUUUACUUUGCCCGUCCUGUAUCUGUCUGUUCCUUUAAACCAGUGUUGAAGGUUAUAGAGAUUUUUUUAUUAUGAUUGUGGGUUGAUUUUUCAUUUUUUUGUACAUUUUAUUUCCCUCUUCUUAUCCCAAAUAUGAGGUUUUAAAGUGUACCUGUGCCUGACGAGGCGUUCAGUUCCCCUAACUCCAACCCCAAGCGAGAAUAGUUUUAAAAAGGGAAGAAAAACAUGUAGAAACCAAUAAAUAAAAUUAUGUCCUAUCCCAAACCCCAAAUAUAACCCUAAGCGACAAUGAUUGAAAAAUAGGAAAAAACUAUGAGAGAAAAAAAUGACACGAUAAAAAAAGUUGUGCCACAGACACAAAAGACUGUUUAUAGAAAUACUGUAUGUGCUCAAUGGCACGAACAGUGAAAAAUUGCGUCAAUAAUACAAAUCAAUUAAUUAAAUAUUUGUGACUAUAACACAACUUGCCGUAAGAUAGAGUAGAAAUAUUUGCAUGCUCAAAGUCUAGUCUGACCGCCACCUUACUUUCACCUCGGCCACAUUGUGGUUUAGGCUGGAAUUUCAUUAUUGUUUUUUUCUAAUAAUCAUACGUUGUAUAGCUCACUUUAUACAAAUUCAUACGAAUUAGCCAAGUCGUAAAAUACGUACAAAUCCCUGUGACAUCAGGCUGAAAAUACAAGCAAAUCAAUGCUUCUGAAUUUUGAUGUAUUUGCUGACUUUUUUUGUAAAAUUAUCCAUCACAUGAGCUACUUUAAUCUUUGUGCACUACUAUACAGAGGUCAUUGAUGGAGCUUACUGUGAAUGUGUAUAAUGCAUUUGUUUGUGUGUUACAGUGCAGAGAGACUUAUGAAUGUGUAUGGUAGUUGAACAUGGAAAUAAACACGCAGUUCUGUUCUGA